CCCGCCCCGGCGGGAAGUGGGUGCGACGCGGCUCGGCGGGGCGCGCGGGAUGGGAACGGGGCCGCCCGGCGGCCCGCAGCCUCGGGAGCCCCGCUGACGGCGGCCGGCCGCGGCGACCGGCGCGGGAGCGACAUGUGUCUGCGCGUCGGUGGCCUGAGUGUGGAUGGCUUCCAGAAGAUGCUGAUGAAGACAGGCCUGGUGCUGGUGGUCCUGGGCCACAUGAGCUUCCUCACAGCGGCUGUGCUGCACGGCACUGUGCUGCGCUACGUGACAGCCCCACGAGACGCUGUGGCUCUGCAGUACUGCGUGGUCAACAUCCUCUCUGUCACUUCUGCCAUUGUGGUCAUCACCACGGGCAUUGCAGCUGCAGUGCUGUCCCGAUACCUCCCGAGCCACACCCUGCGCUGGGCAGUGUUUAGCUCAAGUGUGGCCUGUGCUUUUUUCUCUGUGACCUGUGCCCUUGGCCUCUUGGCCUCAAUUGCUGUGACCUUUGCCACCCAAGGCCGGGCAUUACUGGCUGCCUGUACCUUUGGGAACGCUGAACUGCUGGUGCUCACGCCUGACUGUCCCUUUGACCCCACACGCAUUUAUAGCUCCAGCCUGUGCCUCUGGGCCACCUCCCUAGUGUUCUGCGUGACGGAGAGUGUGUUUGCUGUGCGCUCUGCCCAGCUCAUGCACCAGCUGCUGGAACUGAGGCCCUGGUGGGGGAAAAGCAGCCACCCCGCAAUACAGGAGAGCCCAGAGCCUGUGGACAGCCAUGACCUGCUGAGCUGUACCAGCUUGGUGCCACUCACCCUCUGAGGAUCGUCAUACUGCCCAGCCCCUGGCCACUGCGCCCUACAACCAAUCAGCAACAAUGAUCAGUGCCCAGGUGGACAUGGAGGCCCAGGCAGGCCUAGGGCUCUUGGAGCUGGCCAAAGCGGGUUCAAUGGAUCCCUGGGCACCCAGGAGAGAUUUUCAAACUCCUUUCCCAGCCACCCAGCCCACUGCACUGAAACGAGACUUUAUUCUGAAGUUAUUAAAAAGAACAGAGAUAUGCUC